UUCCAAUUUUCAUGUCUCAUCUCUUUGAAAAUAAAAUCCUUCCGUUUCCCUCUUUUUGAAAUCAGAAACCCUAGCUACUCGCCUCUCUCUUCGCCGUCUCUCGUGCUUGAUCUCUGCCCUAAUCGAAUAGUUGUCCGAUAUCAGCAGCACUAGUUUCUCGGAUUCAAAUCGUCGGAUAAACCCUAGUUUUUCUAGAAAGAUGGAGUGGAAUCCGGAGACUCUCCAGUUCCUGUCGCAAUGUUUUCUCCACACGCUCUCUCCGGUCCCGGAGCCUCGUCGUGCUGCUGAGAGAUCGUUAUCGGAGGCCGCCGAUCUGCCUAACUACGGCUUAGCCGUCCUCCGUCUGGUGGCUGAACCCUCAGUCGAUGAACAGACCCGUCACGCCGCUGCUGUCAACUUUAAGAACCAUCUCCGUUCGCGAUGGCUCCCUGCUGGGGAUUCUGGUAUCUCACCGAUCAAUGAUUCGGAGAAGGAGCAGAUCAAGACACUCAUCGUUUCCCUUAUGCUUUCUUCUUCCCCUCGCAUCCAGAGCCAGCUCAGCGAAGCCCUAGCCAUCAUUGGUAAGCAUGAUUUCCCGAGAUCUUGGCCUGCUUUGCUUCCCGAGCUUACCUCCAGCCUUCAAAAAGCUGCCCUCGCCGGCGAUUAUGCGUCCGUCAAUGGUAUUCUUGGGACCGCUAAUUCGAUUUUCAAAAACUUUAGGCAUCAGUUUAGAACCAAUGAUCUGUUUACUGAUAUUAAGUACUGCCUGAAGAACUUUGCUCCUCCCUUGCAAGAAGUAUUUCUGAAAACGGACUCUUUGAUUGAUUCUGCUGUUGCGAGCUCUGGUGGAUCAGCCGCGAUCCUUAAGCCUCUGUUUGAGUCGCAAAAGCUGUGCUGCAGGAUUUUUCUGUCGUUGAACUUUCAGGACUUGCCGGAGUUUUUCGAGGAUCAUAUGAACGAGUGGAUGGGAGUGUUUAAGAAGUGCUUAUCCUCGAAUUAUCCUGCCUUGGAAGCCACAGCAGAUGGGUUAACACUUGUUGAUGAUCUUCGCUCUGCCGUUUGUGAGAAUAUUAACCUGUAUAUGGAGAAAUACGAAGAAGAAUUCCAAGGUUAUUUGAAGGAUUUUGCAUCAGCUGUCUGGACAUUACUCCGAGAUGUGUCAAAGUCUCCUAGUAGGGAUCAGCUAGCUACUACGGCAAUCAAGUUUUUGACCACUGUGAGCACAAGUGCGCACCAUGCUUUGUUCGCAGGUGACAAUGUAAUCAAGGAGAUUUGCCAAAGCAUUGUGAUUCCCAAUGUUUCUUUGAGGGACGAAGAUGAAGAACUUUUCGAGAUGAACUAUAUAGAGUUUAUCCGUAGAGACAUGGAGGGAAGUGAUGUGGACACUAGAAGGAGAAUAGCUUGUGAGCUACUUAAGGGACUUGCCACAAACUACAAAAGACAAGUGACAGAAGUAGUUUCUCUUGAGAUACAGAAUCUCUUGAGUUCCUUUUCGACAAACCCGGCUGCACAGUGGAAAGAUAAGGAUUGUGCAAUAUACUUGGUCGUCUCUCUGGCUACGAAGAAGGCAGGGGGUGCGUCUGUGUCUACAGAUCUCAUUGAUGUGCAAAGCUUCUUUGCAAACAUUAUUCUCCCCGAGCUACAAAGCCACGACGUCAACAGUUUUCCAAUGCUAAAGGCAGGGUCCUUGAAGUUCUUAACUAUGUUUCGUAGUCAUCUACCAAAGCCCUUUGCAAUUCAGUUGUUCCCAGAGCUGGUCCGAUUCCUUAAAGCAGAGUCAAACGUUGUCCAUUCAUAUGCGGCUAGCUGUAUAGAGAAGUUAUUGCUAGUGAAGGACGAAGGUGGAAAGAAUAGGUAUGUCGCUAGUGAUAUAAGUCCCUUUUUGCUGCAGUUGAUGACGAACCUGUUUGAUGCACUGAAGUUUCCAGAGUCUGAGGAGAAUCAAUAUCUUAUGAAGUGUAUAAUGCGGGUACUUGGUGUUGCUGAAAUCAGUGGUGAGGUUGCUGGACCUUGCAUCGGGGGACUGACCUUGGUUCUCAGUGAAGUUUGCAAAAACCCUAAAAACCCUACAUUUAACCACUAUAUCUUUGAGUCUGUGGCCGUACUUGUUCGACGGGCAUGUGAACGUGAUAGUUCUCUUAUAUCUGCAUUUGAGAAGAGCCUCUUCCCAAGCCUCGAGUUUAUUUUGGCCAAUGAUAUCACAGAGUUCUUGCCUUACGCGUUUCAGCUGCUGGCUCAGCUUGUUGAGUUGAACAGACCACCACUCACACCGAACUACAUGCAGAUCUUCUUGCUGCUCCUCUCGCCAGAGUCAUGGAAGAGAAGCGGCAAUGUUCCAGCUCUUGUGCGUUUGCUGCAGGCUUUCCUGCAGAAAGCACCUCAUGAGGUCACUCAAGAGAAUCGGUUGAGUCAAGUGCUGGGGAUAUUCGAAAAGCUGGUUUCAUCACCCAGCACGGAUGAGCAAGGCUUUUAUAUCCUUAACACGAUUAUUGAGUAUCUCGACUACAGUGUGAUUGCACCAUACAUGACGGGUGUAUGGAGUGCUCUAUUCACACGCCUUCAAAACAAAAAGACGGUCAAGUUCCAGAAAUCGCUAGUAGUAUUCAUGUCCCUCUUCUUGGUGAAGCACGGACCCGCUUAUCUAGUUGACACUAUGAAUACUGUUCAGCCGAACAUCUUCACUACUAUCGUGGAGCAUUUCUGGAUUCCGAACCUGAAACUGAUCAUGGGAAGUAUCGAGGUCAAGUUAACUGCAGUAGCUGCAACAAGACUCAUAUGUGAGACUCCAGCUCUUCUGGAUCCAGCAGCUGCUAAACUCUGGGGUAAAACGCUUGAUAGUAUCGUGACACUUGUUUCACGGCCUGAGCAGGAAAGAGCUGUGGAUGAACCUGAAAUGCCAGAAAUCUCCGAUAAUGUUGGAUACACAGCUGCAUUUGUGAAUCUUCACAAUGCUGGGAAAAAAGAGGAGGAUCCUCUCAAAGACAUUAAUGAUCCGAAGCAGUUCUUGGUUGCUUCUUUGGCCAGGCUUUCUUCUGCUUCUCCUGGUAGCUACCCGCAGAUUAUUUUUGACAAUCUGGAUGAAGCUAAUCAAGCAGCUUUACUCCAGCUGUGCAAUGCUUACAACUGUAGAAUUGCUUGAAGAGAGAUGGAUGUGAGGAGAAAGGAGGAGGAAAACACAGCAACAUAAGAUUGCAUUGCAUCUGCGAAGAAAAGUAGUCAACUCAUGUUUUUUUGGUCUUAAAUCGGCAUUUUCGUAUCAUUUUGGAAGUGAGAUGAGGGAAUUAGCAUUAUCAUGCAAAACCUGAUUUUUUUUGUUUUUGGAUUUGAAUUUUCAUGUGGGGGCUGUUUUCUUUUUUCCUUUCAAGUAAAGCAUAUGAUCUCUGUAAUGGUACUGUGUUUAUGUGCAUUUUGUCUGUCUGAAGUCUAAUGGUCAUGGAUUAUGGUUAUCUUAUUAUUAUAAAUGGAGAAAGCAUUUUUCA